GCCAAUCUUUUAUCUCGAAAAAUACCCUAACUACCUCACACAGAAUUACAAAUCUUCUCUCGCUCUCUCGCUCUCUCGCUCUCUCGCUCUCUCGCUCUGCAUAGUGCAUAGACCAUAGUUAUAGCUCAAAAUUUAUUUACAAAUCAAUCAAGAAAUCUCAGUCGCUCCUUCUUUCUCUUUCUGUAUCCCCAGGAGUUUGUGAAAACGACAAGAGGAAAUGAAGGACGACGUCGCACCGACACCAUCGUCGAAGAAAGAAAGCAGCAGCGGCGACGGGAGCCUAUUCGGCAAGGGGCGGUACAAGUUCUGGGCCCUGGCUGCUAUUAUACUUCUCGCGUUCUGGUCUAUGUUCACCGGUACAGUUACCCUCAAAUGGUCGGCCGGUAACCUAAAUCGUCUCUCCGACGACCUUGAUACUCCGAUCCACGACGAUCUCGACGUCCUGGAAAUCGAGGAGAGGGAGAAGGUAGUGAGGCAUAUGUGGGACGUCUACACUCAUAGCCGUCGGAUCCGGCUGCCUCGAUUUUGGCAGGAGGCUUUCGAGGCUGCAUACGAGGACUUGACUAGUGAUGUUCCCGGUGUCAGAGAUGCUGCUAUAUCCGAGAUCGCUAAGAUGUCCGUGCGCUCUUUAGAUCUCGAACCUCCUCCAGUCCAAUCAACGAGUGCUCAAGUGAUUAGGAAGAGGCCCAAGCAAGCAGAGGAAAGCAAGAAGCAGGUGACUUCAGCAGGGAGCCAUAGAUGAAAUGAAGAGUAUGUUUGAAAACCCUAAUUCACAAGCUUCAUCUUUUAUGUACUUUCUCUCGUCAAGGCACCCGAUAUUCUUUGGGAAAGGUGGAGAGUUAAAAGUAGAUACACUUUCAUAUCUUUGUGGCAGAAAGCUUAGGAUCCUUGGAACAUUUCCCCUCCUCAUCUUCUUUCUCCUUCAGAAUCUUACAACCAUGCGUCCCCCUUGAUCUGUUGUGGAUAGGUGGAUUCUAUACUACAGUUUUCAACAGUUGGGUUCAAGUGGAAAUAUGUUUCUGAAACCUUGCCUAGGAGGCUCUUCAUCAAGUUAUGAGAGCAUGCGUAAGCAAGCUUCAACCAUUUUCAUUGUCCAUUCCUCUUCUUGAACCUUAUUGCUCUGUUCACUCAAUUGUCAUAUGUAUAUUUAUAUUUGACUGGGAUAUAUGAAAGCAAGAAAGUGAGGUUAAUUUAAAGAUCACUGCUUUCAUCUGUACACUUAAUUUGACUAAUGAUCAAAGGGAACAAAUCAAGGUUCAAUAUAUUGGUAUGUUAAAGAGUAUCAGAAAUGCAAUUUUAAGAGUUA